AUGCGGGCGGCGCCGGGGCGGAGAGCGGCUGGGGGUGGGAGGAAGGAAAGCCAGAGGAGAUCGCAGAGGAGAGGGGCGGGCCGGGCCGCGGAGAAAGGGUGGGAGGGGGCGGGGGGCAGGCACGAGUGCCUGCGCCCGGGAGCCUCAGUAUUCCCAUCUGUGAAAUGGGCCUGGGCCUUCGGGCGCACCCGCAGGUCCGCACGGCCUCCGACACUAGCGUGCUCCGCGCGGGGGAAGCGUGGCCGGCCAGGGCGCAGAGGGGCCAGACCCAAGGGGCGGGAGGCGCGCGCUCAGACGCGCCUCGCGUGGCUGCGGACCCGUCGGCGUCCGGCGUCCGGUGUCCGGCGGGCCCAGCUCGGGACCGUCCCGGCGCUCGCGGCCUCGGAGAUUCCGCCUGGGGCUGUCACCGCCCCUGUCCCGGAGGAGGUCGGGGGACACGACGACUCCGGGCGGCCCCAGUCCGCGCGGCGAGGCUGGGACGAGGUCGAGUUUCACACGCACGUGACUCGAUCCCGGAUACCCAGACACUCUCCCCGGCACACGGCCCUGCGCCUAAAAUGUCCACGCAUCUCCCUGGCCCUAGCCUCUGCCCUGGCCCCCCAGGAGAACCGGGCAGCCCUCUCUGUAUCCUCGGCCGCAGCAAAGAACACCUCGGCUGGAGCGCGCUGA